AUGCCAACCUCGGAAGUUGCCGGUGCUUCUCUUGUCAUGUCUGCAUUGACAAAGUUCCUUGCUGGCCUCACUCCGCCUCCCGUCAUUACUCCAGAACAAUAUGACGGCUGGCAAUGGACCUGGAAAUUCUUUGUCUUCCGCCCCGCUACUCUUAAAAACGAAGCUUACCUUCUAGCCGCCCUUUUGUUCUAUGUACUCUUUGCUUAUGUUGGAUCCUCAUCCAAUUCGAACAAGGCUAAAAAAUGGAUGGCAGCCCACCUUCCCGUCUAUCAACAGCAGUUCUCCAAACCCCAGGUCAAAGACAGUCUCAUAAUAGACGGUCGCUCCGAUUUUUUUAACUUUUCAACUGGCCGUCGCAAUGUCGCAUCACUCCACACCGUCUUCACUUUGCGGCCACGUCACGAUUUCUUCCAAUGGCUAUACCAGACAGGAAAGACAUUCGUCGAUUUGCAAUACCGGCCCACGGAUGAAAUCCAGCUCGACUUUAAGCUAGCGCCAGGUGCUUUGCCACAUGACUUUGUAUGGGCCGUCGUUGCGAAGGAUGAACUCCUGUCUGUCAAGGACGGUCGAUGGGACUUGACAUUUACCAAGAUCACAGAGAACCCCUCUCUUCCGCAGUCCCUUUCGGUCAUGUCUGAAUUCGCUGACGUCACUGAGAACAUCCUCAAACCUAGCGGUGGAUUUUCUCUUUCGGACGUGUUGAAAGAUCCUAAAAUAUUACCCUACUUCCGCUCAAUCUCGGUUACUGACCAACCACGAGACCGCCCGACAGUCAUUCGUCCCGCAAACGAGCGAGAAAAACAUGUCAUUGUCAGCCUGAGGGUACCCUCCUCCGAUCACAUUGCCGACACUGUUCCUUUCGUGACAGAUAUUUUCCAAUUUGUUGAUGUUUUGACUAAGAUCAAUCUGCGACCAGAGACAAGAAAUAAAUUGAAGAAGAUCAGGGAGGAGUCAGACAAGGAUAUUAAGGAUGAAUCUGAGAGGGAGAAGCGGGAAGAGGCCUUGGAAAGCAAGCAAGCUGCAAAGCGAAAAGCAGAAGAGGAGCGCCUAUCGAAGCUCAGCGCCGCAGACCAGAAGAAGGAGCUCGAAAAAGAGCGAAAGCGCUCCCUGCGUAAAUCGCAGGCCAAAGUCCAGCGCAAGUGA